AUGGGAUUAGUUGGCGCCGGAGUUGCUGCAGCCCUCGGUCUCUUUUUAUGCUGGGAUAGCUAUCUUAACCGUGCAAAACUUCGAAACGCUCCUUGGGCAGGCGUGGAAGAAUACCGGCGACUUCCACUAGCUGUCGUUGGAGGUCCACUAUUUGUUAUAUCUCUCUUCUGGCUGGGAUGGACUGCUUCACCCAAUAUCCACUGGUCUAUCCCAAUGCUCUCUGGUAUCCCGUUCGGUGCGGGAUUCCUCCUCAUUUUUAUUGCAAUGAUUAACUAUCUUUCCGAUGCAUAUGAGACGUUCUCGGCAAGCGCGCAAUCAGCUGCGAGUUUUGCCCGAAGCAUUCUUGGAACUGCCCUCCCAGUAGCAGCAGGCCGUAUGUAUUCAUCUCUUGGAAUAAGUUGGGGGUGUAGUCUGCUUGCUUUUGCUAGCUUGGCUAUGACGGCGAUUCCUUUCGCUUUUAUUCGGUACGGGGACCAGAUAAGAGCUGGAAGUCUCUUUUGCCAGCACUUGAAGCAGCUUAAGGAGCAAAAAUUGAGGGAAGACCUGGAAGAAGAGGCAAGCAGUAAAGCUGCUGAAAAGCUGGUACAUGGUGCGGACCAACCAGAUAUAUCCGCGAAAGCCUGA